AUGUCCUCUUCCGGCAACGGGGCUCCUCCCCAACGGAGCCUCCGCCACGUGUUCUCCAAGCCAAAAGAGAAGCCAACCGAGGUCACUGACGCGGAAUGGUACCUUGCCAAGUGGAAAACCAAGCCAUGCCAGUUCACAGUCUGCCCCAACGCCUGGGGAUGCCCGUACGCGCACGGCGAGAACGAGCGGAGGCGAUCCCCGGUCAGUUUUACAUAUAGCGCAGAGGCCUGCCCAGACGCACCUGACUGCCCUCGGGGGGACGAGUGUGAAUUGGCACACAACUACAACGAACAAGCGUUUCAUCCCAGCGUAUAUAAGACGGUGCCGUGCGCGGACUUUCCGUGGCACUGCAACCAGGGGACCAGGUGUCCGAAUGCGCACGGCUACCGUGACAUGCGGCGGGCCCCUUCCGCUGGGCGCACUCGCCCCCGGCGUUCCGUCUCCGUUGGGGGGUUGGCUGACGUCACUCCUCCUCCACGCCACGUCAAGACCAUGUCCAACAUACCGGGGGAUCGUACCGGGCGCUUUGGCGGGCCGACGCCAGAGGAUUACGAGCGGGCUUCGAGCGGGUUCAAGGAAGGUUACGAGCCGGUUUCGAGAGGGUUAAGGGAGGGCUACGAGCCCCGGAUUAUCCCCCAGGAGGGGCCCGGUAGAACCAACCGGGGUCCGGUUCGAAACGGGCGGGGCAAUAACACCGAAGAGGAGACCGAAGAGGACGACACGCCGCCCGCCGCGGGCGGCCAAUCAGGGGGCUACACGUGGCAGCAGACGCCCGCGGAGGUGCGCGACGUGCUCGCCGCUGACCUCAUCAGCCGGAUGGUGACGCAGGCAGCGGAGGAGUCCGACUUGGAGAGGGCUGCCGAGAGGGCGCCACGUAGGCCCCCGGAAAGAACUUCCCGCAGCGGGGGGGCCCCGCGGCGGGGCAAUGCGGGGGAGGGGUUCGUGAGGAGCGCGGCCCGAGAGAUUGACACGUGGGCCGUGGACAGCAAGGCGCAGAACGGCCACGUGCGCAGCUUUUCGGCGUUCAGCGUGCGAGGCCGUCAGUACGGACCCCCGGGGGAUCCCCCUGAGGAGACCCCUUCGCCCCGGGAAGAAAAGCGUCCCCUUUCCAGAGACUCGUAUGCGUCCCGCAUCCGCGACCGGGGGAUGAGUCUUGGAGGGGAUCCCCCUCCCAGAGAUUCGUAUUCUUCUCGGGGGGUGAGUCUCGGGGGCGAGACUGAGUGGCAGGCCGAGUUGGCGAGCCUGCUGCGGCGCCACCCCAGCCGGGGAAGGGACCGGGGGAUCCCCCUGGGAAGGGGUUCGUCCGCGUUGGUGGAUGCGCAGCGGGGGGAGACGGACGAACUGCUCUCGAAUCUCAACAGCCCUUCCCCGCGGGUCCUAUCCCGAUUCGCAAGCCCCCGACGGAUGACGUCAGCCGACUCCCCAAUCCGACGGGUGAUGUCAGCCGACUCUCCGACCGGAAUCGUCUCACAGGCGCGGGACGCGUUCAGCCGGGCGCGAACUUGCCGCAGCUUUUCCGGGGAGGAAAUGUCCCGGAAUAUUGUCCCCUCUGAACGGAAAAAGAACGAUUCCGGAGAUUCGGAGGCAGAGAGAUAUGCUGCCAAGGAAAAGCAAACGGAGAACGGAACGGACAGGGACAACGGAACGGGCAGAGAGUAUUUGAAUGAGGACGGAAACGGUGCAAACCGGAAACCGAAAGUGGUUGCGAAGCGGCCGGACUUGAAGGUGGAGAUUCCGAUGAGUCAGAGGUUGAGCGAGUUUGCGGCGUUUCAGACCGAUACGGUCGCGGGUCUUCGGCGGCACCGACGCAACGAUUCCGCCGUUUCUGAGAUCCUACCCCCCCGGGGCGCAAAAGAUCAUCCCCCGAGUUCUGAUUUCGAACCGAGUAAAGACGAGAAAGAAAGCAAGCGGGACGAAGAACUGGUGAAACGGCCAACCGAGGAGAUGCGCCGAACCCGGAGAACGGCAGCGAAGUCGGUGGACUCAGUUCUACUUUCUCGGGGGGGUCCAACCGAGCCCAUUCCCGAGCCUCCGACACCCCCCCCCGAGGGCCAGCUCGAGCCCGGGGUAUUGUACACCCUUUUGCACAGCCCGGUUCCCCAAGCCGCGGAAUUGCAGAAAAAGGUCGCGGCGAUCUGUGAAGAGGAGGGCGUGGAGCUUCUCUGGACCCCAGUCGGCGAUGACGUCACCCCGAUGUCCGUACGGCACGGGGCUGACGUCAGGAGCGACGUCGAGGAGAGCCCCGUGGAGUCGCCGCAGGGGGGCGACGCUGUGGGUGCGUCUAAGAGCCCAACGGUCGCCGAAAAGGGCCGCAAACUCUCCCCCCUCCCGAGCCGCGCGCCCACUCCCCGAGUGACACGUGUCCCGACUCUUACUGGUCCACGUGGCGCGAUCGCGUCCGCCGAGCAGAAGAUCGCCGCGCUGUUUCAGGGGGUCGCUUCGACCACUGCGCGCUUCCCCUCGCAGUUUCUUUGGUACUUAGAGGAAGGGUUCGGGGGUAGGGAGCGGCUGGAUUUGCUCAGGGGAAAACACGGGGUGGAGUUUACGAUUUCCCUACCCAGUGAUAGCCUGACGGUGUGGCUCGGAGGGGGGGGGGUGCACCGGAAAGUGAUGGCGUACCUGAGGGAAUUGGCGGGGGCGAUGGGGGCGCCAGCGCAGUUGGCGCAGAUUAUGGAGGAGCCAGGGGGGGAGGAAAACGAGAAGGGGUGGGGGCCGACAGUGGUCGAGACGAACAAGACCGCUCUGGAACGCGUGCUACCGCCGCACUGGAAGAAGGAGGGUCUUUCUUCCGGCAAGUGGCACCUUGUGGCCGUUCCGGAGGACAGCCCGGAAUGGGCGGAAUGCAUCAAGAAGCUGCGAGGUUCUCUUGCCCCCACUUCCGUGGUCCGCCUCCUCCGCUUCCAGAGCCCCCGCCAGUGGCAGCGCUUCACAAGCGAGCGCGAGCGCACGGAGGGGGCCAAUUCACACCCCGGCAGUUCCCACUCGCUGUUUGCCACGUGUACCAAGAGCGAGGUGCAGGCGGUGUGCUCCGGGGGCUUCGCCGCCUCGGUCGCCAAUGCCGACUCGGAUGACGUCAUCCUCGGGAGCAUGUUCACAUCGGAGGCCUGGCAGGCACUGCAGUUCGCGCCACGUACGAGCGACGGGCUGCGCAUUCUCGUGAUGGUCGAGGCUGCUCUUGGGGGGGCAUGGCUGGAGCGAAACCUGACCCUACUCACGGAGAAAGUGGACGGAGGGGGAGACUUCGAUGCGAUCGUCGACAGUCUGACGAAUCCACAGGUUUUUGCCAUCGCCCGCAAGCAGCAGGCCUACCCCGCAUACGUCCUGGAAGUGGCGCCAGAUCCUCAAGCCGACGGGCCGGACGUCCAUACGAGCUUCACGCUGCUGGAAGAGCCGUCCGCGCCGUCCGAUGAUGCAUCUCCGAAACCCGACGACGUGGCAGAGCCUCCAGAAAAGCCGGCGGAAAAGCCGGCGCCAGCGUGUUGCGUCAUACUGUGAGGGUUUAGACGCUCGGACGGGUUUUGAAGUGGAGGAGCUCUGCACAGCGUCCAAAAGUGGUUCGGAUGAAACGCAUGAUGACAAGUAAGUCGCAACGAGCUAGUGCAGGCUUCUCCUAGUAUUACCAUCAAAGGCGCGAUAGCAGACGAGACCGCAUGCCGUGGUAGACACUACAUAUAAAGCUCAGCGUCGGAUGGUACAGUAUUGUUAUGACGUAUUUAAGUGUACCACUCUCCGAUAGUAAGGCAGCAAAUACCGGGUCCCGUUGCGUUGGGUAAGGAGUCGGGACAUGUGGGAAGCUGAAGUUAGUGGACCGGAAGGUUUCAAUCGAUCCAUGGAGGAAGAGGACUCGGGACGUUCGGAAAGCUCAUCGUAAACCCCCAAAAGUAUGUGCUACAUAUAGAAGUCAAGACUCAAGCGUCGAGCUAGGUCGUAUGUUGUUUGACGGCACCCAGGCAACUUGAUGAAUUACAG